CCUCUCACUCUUUCAUCUUCGCGCGCUCUGCUUGUCCCUCCCUUAGCCUUGUCCACACUCACAAUGCUCUCCACCCUUCUAACCACCCUCUUCUUGGCUUCCACGCUGGCGAUCCCCGUCGACAUCGAGGAGCGCAACAACGGCCAGAGCGGUAAUGGCAAGCCCCUGAAGGAGUUUAUCGCCGAGCUCUACGCCCAAGUCAACCCAAACGAUCGCAACAACCUUCUCGGUGACGGCUUCACCUUUGAUUUCCUUGCCGCCGAGAGCUUCGGCGGCGGCGGCCGCGACGGUGGCGUGAUCCUCGCCGACAACACCCAGUUCCCCGGUGUCGUCGGGAACGGCCUUUCAUGGCUCGUCGGUUUCCUCGGCCCCUGCGGUAUGGUUGCGCCACACAACCAUCCGCGCGCGUCAGAGUACCUCUUCAACAUCGCUGGCCCCCCGCUCGCGGCCACUACGUUCCUCGAGAACGGCAGCCCGAUCUUCAACGGCCAAGUCAGCGCCGGCGAGGUCAUCGUGCUCCCGCAGGGCAGCGUGCACUUCGUCACCAACACGGGCUGCGACCCGGUCUUCAUCACGGCGGGCUUCAACUCCGAGACACCCGGCGUGGGAUUCCUCAGCUCGAUGUACACGUCGUUUGACGAGCAGACGAUCAACGCGGCCUUCGGUGCCGAGGGCACGGUGUUCGACCCUGCCAAGAUCCCAGGCGCGGUGAACCUCGGCCAUGCAGAGUGCCUGAAGAAGUGCGGUAUCAACCCCGACACGUUCAGCAUCAACGGCAAGGUCAGCAACAAGGACCUUAUGAAGAAAGCGUUUGCGGGAUUCCUCAAAGCCGAGGGAUUCGACUUCAACGGCUACAGCGCCGACGAGUUCAAGCAGUUCAACUGAACUGUCACUCACCCGAACAUUGCCAAGGACAAUAUUAAUAGUACUGUUUUGAAUGUGUAUAUUGCUUUUAUAAGUGACGGACUAUGUCAUACUUGUUCCCUGA